GCACGGCCAUUAUUACUCCACAUGUUAGUGGGUGUAGAUCUUCACUUCAGGUUAUGACAUGCAACUCUUUACGCCGCACAGACACGUAGAUUUUAUAGCUCAAGCUCAUUCGUGUUUAUUGGAGCAUAUCAACCAAGGAUGUAGUUAAAAACAAACUGGAGCGAAAUACAUGCGUUUAAAAGUGAAACAAAAAAAUAUCUGCGUUCGGACUGAUUAUAUUUAGAUCUGACCGAUACAGAGGAGAGUUUCGAUUGUCGCUGUUCGAAUUCAAGUCCAUCUCAAGUGCGUUAUGGAGACUUGCGUGAUAGCGGUCGAGGAAAACCAAAACGAUAUCGUCAAGACACAUUCGUGUUUCGAGAGGACGUUUUCAUCGAUGACAGUGGACGAUGUGUAUGAAAUCGCUAAAGUGGUGGGGGCAGAAGUGGAGAAGCUGAUCGACAGCUAUGGGAAGUCGAGUGUGGAGGGUCUGGUGUCUCACAUAGUCAAAGUGUUGGAGCUCUUGGAGAGUUUCGCGGCGAGGAACCAAGCUCAUAAAUGUAAGGAAGAGGAACUAUUGAAGACUUUUGAGACGUUACAGAUACAGCAGCAGAAGAAACGACAUGUGAAGGAAUGGGACGAGACCAGCAACGGUACAGAGAGUGUGGACUGGCAUCAGAAGGAGAAGAAACUGAAGGAAGAUGUUGAAGUGUUACAGUCCCAGGUGCAACAGCUCAAGGAAGAGAAUCAGGAACUUCUGGCCCAUUUAAAAUGCACACACUCGAAAGAAGACCGCACACAGCGUCAGGAACGAGAGGUGAUGAUCAAGCUGAAGGAAGUGGUGGAUAAGCAACGCGACGAGUUAAGAGCAAAAGUGCAGGAGAUUUCCAGCAUGUCCAAGGAAGUGGAAGCGCUCCAGGAGCAGCAGGAGCGACUAAUGAAGAUAAAUGCAGAGCUCAGACACAAACAGAACAUCAUUCAGACUCAGCUGAAGAGCGCAGUAGAGAGGAGGGCCGACCUGGAGGUCGACCUGUGCGAGAAACAGAAAGAGAUAGAGCGCCUGAACUCACAAUUAGAAAGACCCAGUGUACAUACUGCUGCUGAAACGAGCAGUUCAGCCAUUGACCUCACAGAUAAGAUGAUCAUUGACUUAAAGGAUCCAAAUCGGCCAUGUUUUACCAAGCAGGAAGUACGGGACUUGCUUUUUGAGAAGAACGAGUUGAAGGCCAAUCUCUUUCUAGUCAAAGAAGAGCUUACAUAUUACCAAAGGGAAAUCCUGAAUGAUGAGAGAUGCCCAGGGUUCUUACUGGAUGCCGUGCGUUCUGCCAUAAAGAAGCAGAGGACCGUUAUAAAGUCUAAAAUGCUUGGCAUACCCGUUAGCGAAUGUAGAACAGAUGAGACAGAUGGCCCUUUGUUUGAGAGGAGUGGAAAUGAAGACAAUGAGACUGACAGCACUGACAACAGACCCCAAGACUCACGCAUCAGAAACCUAUUUGGUUUCCUGACACGGCCCAAUCUUACUAGGAGCUCUGGUUCCCAGCCCCCCAGCCUUCCAACAUCCAGCUCCACAUGGGAAAUCAUUGAUCCAGACGAGCAGGGAGGACAGGAGGAGACACAGACCCUCAGCUCCUCUUGAGAACCACCUCAACUGUCACUCAUCUUCACCUGGGUUAGAAGAGAGAAGUCUCAUUUAGGUUUCAAACCGGAGAAUGGACUACUCUUUGUAUUUGGUUAUACAAACAUAGUAUUUUAGUAUUUGUUGCCUAAGCAGACCUUUGUCUCAGUAUAAAAUCAUUCAGCACUUGAAUUUUUAUCCAAAGCUGUUUAUCAGGAAAUUAACUUGGAAAGGAUGGUAGGAGGGUUUAGAAACAAUCAUUAUUGUCAUUUUAAUUGGUGGUGCACUUAAAAUCGUCUAAUAAACAAUGACUAAUCUGCAGUGUUUUGAUAAUCAUAAUACACCUGGCAUUAUAUUAUAGAUGUCUGGAUGGAAGCUACAGAGAAUCAUAGCAGCUAUUUUUAUAGAGAGGAUUUUAACCAAAGAUACUAACAUUGUAUUGUCAUCACUAUAACACUGACCCUUUACGUCACUAGGGGGCAUUAGAGUAAUUUGUAUACAUGUUCUUAUCAUAUGUUUUCUUAUAAAAUAUUUGCUGUACCUAAAAAGUAUCUAUUUUGUAUUGAUGUAGCAUGUUUUUAAAUAUAAAUAUUUUAAUAUUGUCAACCAACGUGAUAUUAUUAAUGCUGGUCAGUCCUGUGGAGAUGUCCAUGAUUAUGACAAUCUGAUGUUAAGAAGGGUUGUAAACAUGUAAGAAAAAAUAUGCAUUGGUCAAAAGUUUUAUUGUCUGAAAAUGUUUAUUGAUGUCUCGUGUUGUUCCAAACUUGUAUGACUCACUUUCUUUUGCAGAACACAAAAGAAUAUAUUUUGAAGAAUGUGAGUAAAUGAUGACAGAAUGUUUCUUUUUUGGUGAACUAGCCUUUUAAUGAGUUGGCACUUUGCCCUCUUUAGCCAUUCAACUGAUCAGAAGUAUGUGUCUCAUAGCUGUUUUGUUGAAUAAAGAGGCAAAAACAUAUGGAUGUGAUUGAAAUAUACUUUGUAUGAGUCUUAAUGUGUUCACUGAUUGGGAGGAAGUCUGUGUUUCCUUCGACGGAAAUGAGAGAUAAUGGGUGCCCGUAUGUUUUAAAGGCCGGUAGUUCAAUUUCAUGUUCCUUGGCUGUCUGUGACUCAUCAGUUUACCUUUGGACCUUAGGAAAUAAAAGUUAACGAGUACCAUAUUGAUCUUUUACUAGUGUAUUUUAUUUUUGUAAGAAUGUUUGUUACUGGAAAGUGCUAUAUGGCUAAAUAAAAUCCAGAGGUGGUGGUGUUA